UAUGCAACAUGUACGGGCCAGUUUCAAGUGGACAUGGGUUCUGAGGCAGUGAAGGGGAAUUCGAGCUGCUUCAGCUUCACUGCCGCAGUGCGAUCGCUUCACCACGAUUCCCCACAUCGCUGCACGUUUUAAGUUACAUUCCAAGUUGGAGGUGGCGUUGCAAUGCCACUGUGGCCAGAAAAUCUUCUCGGUUCGUAGUCUCGUGUUUCUGCUGAGGAUGAUGGUAAUGGGUAUGUGCCAUCAAUGUAGAUGAGGAUGUGAGGAUAGUCUGUUGGGGCAGCUAUGGCGAGCGCCUUGGAUCGUGUAUACCAGGAGCUCGCACCAGAUAUUCGAUUUCUUAGUCCAAGCUGCCGAUCUCGUGCCCUUCUGCUUCAUGCGGACUUGGCAGCCUUCCUACAGCGACUUUCAGCAUGCCGGCCUGAAGAUCGUGUUCUAGUGGUGGUUGAAGCCCCAGAACUGCAUUGCUUUCUUGCCUUGCAGGAUCUCUCAAGAGGUCAGGGGGAAAAUGGCUUGAGCCGAGUUCAACUUCAGGUUGUAGAGGCUUUGUGUAAGAAAAGUUUUGGAUCACAGGCGCCUCCUAUUGCGGGUUGCAGGAAGGCCCUUCGAGCAAUCCUCCUGCACUACGAUAGCGAUGAAAUUUCUGUGAAAAACACAGUGAAGCUUCUUUCGGAAUGUGCGAAGGAGGGUUGGUGGGACGUUGCCAAGUUCGUCGUUGGUCGUCUUUGCGCGCAUCUGAAGGUGGCUGAUUUGGGUUUCAUUGAACAAAAGAUUUUGGGUACCCUGCGUGAUUCUCUUGUCCAACAUGGAGCUAACUGCCUUUCAGUUCUGUUGGAGCCUCUACACAAGAUGAUUUUUGUGCAUCUCAGUUCUUUGAUGGCUCAAGGAAUUCCUCCAGAGGUUGAGACUUUACCACCUGCCAUAAAGUGGUACAUGCGGUUGCUAAGAAAAUGUGCUGGCAAGGUUGUGGGCAAUGAGAGUCAAUCCACAGCGAGUUUAAUCAAGAAACUAGACAUUGCUUUUCUUUUCUGGCCUUUCGUAAUCUCUUUCGACGAGAUCGAGGACAGAUUCGCCCUGUCAAAUCAGAUACCGUUCAGGAAAAUGAGUAUAUGGAGUUCAAGAUAUUACUCGGAAAUAAAGCGCUGGAGGGACAAAUUGAUCGACCUGCUUUGUAAUGAUCUUAGUGUGACUAUAGCAAGCAGUCUUCAAGUUGAUGGCGAACCGUCAUGCUACAGCUGGCUCCCAUUUGCCGAAUAUGCACUUAGUCCGGAUCAUUGGACAUGGCUUCACGACCUCCUCUCACACAGUAAGGGUAGCGUGGAGGAGAUUGAGAGUCGUCAUAAAACAUUUCUUGAGACAUCAACUACAGAUGCAAGCACACUGGGAAUGGCAACAGUUCUGGUGGAGAUUCUCGCUCAAGAAUUUCGAACAUGUAAUCAUUGUCAUGUGUCAAAGAAUUUGAAACAAGCUCUUCCAGCUUCUAAUACCAGACAUCAGGGCAACGCAGCCGAGUGUUGUGGCUGUCUACAACAGGAUGGGAAAUGCACUGAUAACGCGGCAGCCCUGCUAAUCUGGAUGAUCGGACAACCUUCGACGGAAUUAUGCGACAAUACAUGGUUUCUAAUUUUCAAUAAUCUUCUCUUAGCUGCAUCGACUUCGAGGGAAGGUUUUGCUAUUCAAUAUUAUGAUUCGUCCGACGAGCCCCUUUCCGACAGAAUGAAUCCUCCCUUCUCUCAUAAAGAGCAGAUGCCUCUCCAAGCAAUAGACAGCACUAUCAUCACACUGGUCCAAAAUGAGAAAAAAACGUUACUGAGUAAAUGUUCAGGAGGAGCCGAUCGUUUGCAAAACCAAGCAUUUAAACAGGCUGAGAAGUCCAAGUGGAGGCUGGAGAGUGUCGUGUGGCCAGCUCUGUUGAGUCAUAUAAGCUGCUGUUCUUACUCAUUCGUAUACCACCGAAUACUAGAAAUAUUGGAGACUUUUGGUCCUCAAUUUCCAGAUUUUAUCGAUGAUAUGUCUAAAGAUAAUAGCUCCUUUCCACUUCUGCAAUUGCACAUGGAUCAACUUCUCGAGGUCGUCAAGCUGGAGCCGCGCUUUAUCCUCCCAUUAAUGAUGUUUUUGGAAUCAGGCAGCAAAAUUGAAGCUAUAAGCUCUUUGAAGCCUGGUAAAAGCGAGAAGUCUUCAUCUCAAGAUUUCAAGUGCGCUGAGCUGAACUUGUGCGCAUUACAAGAAGAUGAAUAUAUGGCUGCUAUUCAUCAUUGUGUCUUGCAGAAAUCUGACUCUUGGAAGGAGCGGUUUGAUGUCCUCUAUUUGCGGGUGGCAGCAUUUUCUUGUGGUUCUUUCAGAUAUCUGGUUGGUGAGUGGGAUUCGAUGGUUAAAACAAAAUCGAAUAUGAUACAGAAAUCUGGAGUAUUGUCUAAUGCUAGAAUUUUUGGAAAAAUCUCUACUCGGGAGGCAGGAGUUGCGGACACAGCCGGGCUAGUAGCCUCUAUCGAAGGUCGUCGACUUCUAGCUUGGGAACUGAGAAAAUGGACAGAGAAAGUACUUGGUGUAUCAAAUGCUAUUUCUAAAAAGUGCUUUCCAGAUCAUGAGUCCUUGAAAAGGAUAUAUAUUUGGGUUUCAGCACUUCAUACCAAGUUUCUGUACGUGGAUGCAUGGUUAAAUGUUCGACUGUCAGCACUAGGACGAGCCUUGCGUGUGCAAGAAGAAGAUACGCUUUGGGAGCGUGAAGUGAAUGAUGAGGCUGGUAAAGGUGCACGAUCUGCCAAACGUCCAAGAUUGAAUUCCUACACCACCAAUUUGCUCCCUAGAAAUUUUUUGGAGACAGAGAGAGAAGAUUCUGAGUGGAUUGUAGAGGCGUUGUGUAGAUCUUCGGUGAGCUUAGAGAAGUAUUUGUUGAUCUAUUUGAGUCUCAACGACACAAAACGUGGAAGACCUAAAAAGGGCGUCGCCACUGGCAGCAAGCAGAAGGCACCACCUGAGACUAUAUCCUCGCAUCGAAAAAUUCUUGUGUCAUACCUUGCCAAGCAUCCUUCUCAGAUACCAAAUCUGGCAAGUUUAUGUCAGAACAAAACGGUUCUUCAAGUGGCUUGUGAGGGGAUACUGGAAUCUUCUACAAAACCUUUUUCGAUUGGGGGAUCUGAUAUUUUUGAGGUGUGGUUUCAGUUCUUGGAGAAGUUCAGGUUGGCUGGGGGCAAGCCACGGAGCUUGGUAUAUCUCCAUGGAGGCAGUUUGCUUGAUCGGUUGACUGAGUGUGUUCUCCAUGGCACUACUCUGCUCUGUAAUUUGCCACAAGAUUUGCUGGAAAAUCUGGUUUCAGUUUCACCCGGGAUGAUUCGCCGUAUCUAUGAGGAAGCCCGUCAGCAUCUUCAGAGCAGACCAGAUGCACAAUUUACAGGAUUUCAGGAUACGGACGAUUUUUGUCUCAGAGGCGUGGUGACAGCAACGGACCUUAAACCCCAAGCGAUGGCCGAAUGUCUAGAAUCCACGAUGCUUGAUAUGUUUUCGAGCGUAGGAACGGCUUCGCGGUCUUCGCAUUCGAGAAGUUCUUUGCUCGAUCUGCUCUCCAUGGUUUUUGCGUCAUGCAGACCUGAAAGUCGCAAUAUAGUACUCUCACACCUUCAAGAAUCUAAUUUGUAUAAGAAGAGCAUUGUAGAAGAUUUCGAUGCUAUAACCUCAAAAGCACUCGCACCAGGUGCUAAUGAGAUGGCGGCUGAGCUAGCACCGAAUGAAUGGGUACGAAGACAUCAACGUAUGCUACUUGGGCCAGCUUUCGUUCUAGGAGUGGUUUUCUGGUGCAGCAAGGUUCUGACAGUCUUGAAGAACAUCUACGAGCAUCGAGAUUUGGAUUCAAUAAACCACAAUGUAGACGGUGUUCGAAUGGAUCUGAAUGUCUCUUUCUCAGAUCAAAGAGCAGCUAUAUGUCAUAUUUUGGUAACAUGUGAACCAAAUCCAUGUAGUAAUAUUCCUGAAGAUGACCAGAAUGCUCAGACAUGCGUGCAAAAGAGUUCCACCUCCUGCGAGGAGAUGAUUUUCCAGCUUCAGGCAUUUGCUCCAUCGGAAAGGAAUCCUAGCUUAUACCACUCCAUAAUUUCUUGGCUUCUCCAGUGUUGCAAGAUGAACAUCAGGUUGAAUCUAGAACAUAUUAGAGCAAUAUGUCGCUUACAUCCUCUUAUGAUGCGGGAUGGAUUGAUUAAGAGGAUUGACACAGAGUUGAUGGAAGCAAGCAAAGUUGAGGGGAAAGAGUUGGUCUGGAAGAGCUCAUUAGAAGCAUUGAGGAGAGGAAUUUUGGAUGGACUUCUAGCGUGGUUACCACUGGAUGCGCGAUCAAAUCUUACGACCACGUUUGAUGACGUGCCAAGUGAUUUUUUCCUUGGGAGCAAUAGCACGAGUGUCGAAGAAAUCAUAUCUUGUUUGAGGAGCACUAACAUUGGGGUGCGCAGAAGCGCAUACUAUUUUGUAGUUGCCCAUCAACAUCAUCACCAUUUUGUCUCGUCCUUGGCUCUGGAGCUGUGUAAAAGGGUCGUCCAUGCUGAACCAACCAAAGAGCAAGAAGCAUUUCUUGGAGUAUUAAUGCCUGUCCUAAUGAAUGAAUCGCACACCGCUUCCAUGUCUGUGGACGCUGUUGUGAUGCUCUUCCGAAAGGCGAAGGCAUUAAUCUUGAAUCUUAAUGCUGGCGGAGAGAGCGAGAGUGCUGCGUUAUCUUCAGAACCGAAGCUGAAGCAUGUCGAGGCACUUUUGCGCGUGGCGUUACUUGCUUGUGAAGUUUCACCCCACAAUUUCGCUACAGAAGAAGUCGCAUUGCUCCUCUUUACACUCGCCAAGGCGGAGUCGUCCGAGGAGAUAGUAGUAGGUGCCAUGCAAUGCCUGAUAGCGCUAGCUCUGGACCUUAAAGUCACCAUCAAGCAUAUGAAGCUAUUGAAAGACUUGUUGCUUCACCUAGCGUACAAACCUGCAGGUGAUUACGUUUGGCAUUUAGCAAUUGCCUUUGCAGAGAGAUUUGCAACUGGUGCUUUGAAAGCUCGAUUUUCUCUUAAAGAUGAGACGAAUCCUGGAAUCCACGAGGAGAAAUUAUCCUUGGAGUUUUCUUUUGCUGUUCGGGAACUUCCUCGUGGAUGCCCACUGCAACGCUUUAUUCCUUUGCAAGCCAUUUUAAAGCGUUUUGAUUGUAUGGGUUACCGUCAUACCUAAGAUAUUUUUUGUACACGUUACAUUCUUCCAGUGUAUUAAUUUAAAAAAUAAAUAAAUCAUUGUACCUUAUUCUCGAAUCA